AUGCGGUUGGUGGUGGCAGCGUUGGUGGCCACAGUUUGUCUGUUGAUCCCGUCAACGAAAGCACAAUGUCUUCCUCCAUUCACAAUGCCAUGUCUUCCUCAAUUGCCUCCACUCUCACUACCGCGAUUCUCAUUGCCGAACUUAUUUGGCAAUCCUUGUUGUCCACCACCUUGCCCUCCACCCUGUCCAUCUCCAUGCAGCAGUCCAUGCGGAAAUCCUUGUGGAGGUCUUGGUCUUCCAGCAUCGGUACCUAGCUUCGGUGGUGGUUGUGGUGGUGGCGCCCCACUCGCUCCUUCAUCUCCCCUUUAUCCAUCACCUUUCGGCGGUUUAGGAGGUUUCGGUGGAGUUGGUGGAGUUGGUGGAGUCGGCGGAGCUGGUGGCUAUCAGCAGCAAGCCCUUCAACCCCCACCUUUUGGACCACCUCAAUUGACUCAAGUUUACGCGAGCAGCGGUUCACAGGGACAGACACCGGUCGGUGCAUCGGCUUUGACUGCAAACAAUCAAGGAAAUGGAGCUACAGGAGGUGGUAUUGGACAGGGAUACGGAAACGGUUUCGGUGCUCAAUCAGAAGUUGGAGGUCAAGGUGGAGUUGGAGGCGCAGGUGGCGCAAGUGGCGCAGGUGGCGCAGGUGACGCAGGCGGCGCCGGAUACGGAAAAAACGGAAACACAGGUGACGGGUAUGGAGAUGAUGACAGACAACAGGAUAAUGAUGAUCUCUCCGCGCCUCGCGUGAGGCCAAGUCGUCCAAUCAUUCGACCAAUCCCGAAAAAGCCUGCUGGAAACAAGCCGCCACCAGUUCAUGUGCCGGAUGGUGGAGACGAGUAUGACGAUAUUGCUGAUAGAAACGGUAGACCAAAUGCUGGUGGAAGCGACUACAACAAUGAACGACCAGGCUCAUCAGGGUCAUCGGGACCAUCUGGGUCAUCGGGACCAUCAGGAUCAUCGGGACCAUCAGGGUCAUCGGGACCAUCUGGGUCAUCGGGAUCAUCUGGGUCAUCGGGACCAUCUGGCCCGUCAGCUCAAAAGGGAGAUGAUUAUGACGAUAGCGCUGACACGGAGACGGCAGUGCCAACUAAAGAAUCCGUCGGCUCGUCUGCGUCUGGACAAACGAACUCUGGAUCGUCGGGUGGUCGUCCGUCGUCGUCCUCAAAUAGCGGAGGAUCUUCUCGACCAUCAUCAAAUCUGCCGCAUACUCCUAGCCAGGCUAUCGUCCCUGAUUCAUCCGAUGGCUUUCAGGGUGGAGCUCAAGAGGGUGGAAAUGAAGAUUACGGAGAUGAAGAGGAACAGCUAGCUGCUACAACCACAAAACGGCCUUUUGUCGUUCCCCAAUCGGCAAACAAGGACAACGGCCGAUCGGGCAGUAUCGCAGUUCCUUAUCAACUACCCAGAGGAAAAAGUGGAGAGGACACCAGCCCAAGUGCCCACAAAUCUGUCGGUGACGACUAUGAAGAUGAGCAGAACACGGGUAACCCUGAAAUCCCGGAUAUUACUGAUGACGGUGGUGCUAACUCUGGAUCAAACCCUGCUCCUUCAGCCACAGAAUUACCAAGUGCUCUUCAAUACAAACCCACUCCUCCAUCCACGAAUAUUGUCGCAUCUGCGGGUGGACCGGUUGAGAACGAAAACCAUGGAAAUGAGAACGAACUUGGUGACUAUGAUGAGGUACCCGAUGGCCCUAGUGGAACGGAUGCUGGCUCAAAUGGACCUUCUGGAUCUGGUACUGACACUAGUUCUUCGGGUUCAUCGACUACAAACAAUGAAGGUGGACCAUCAAGCACUGGAUCCUCUACUGGACCAUCAUCUGGUUCAUUAUCCGGGCCGACUUCUGGAACAAGUGGCUCUACUGGCCCUGAAGCUCCAUUGAGCCCACCCACUGCUCAAGUGAUGCCAAACAAUAUGGGCCGGACUCCACCCGGGCAGCAAGCCAGUAAACCCAAAAAUAUUGAUGACAGUUUGGCCGGAAUUUUGACCGACUAUGGAUCGGGAUCAUCGGAGAACCAUGGAAGUGGCGAGAAAAAGCCAAGCGGAUCGGAAGGUAAAGGAAAUGAGGGACCCGGCGAGGCUGGACCGUCCAAUAACGACUACGACUCGGAAACCAAUGUUCCAGAGGAAGAUGGACGGAAAUCAGUCGUCACUGGCAAAGCUGAUAGCUAUCAUUCAGGCACGGGACCCGUUUUCGGAGCUGGAAAGACUCCUACACCGCCUGUUUCUCCACCAAUCGCCCAUGUUGGUCCAUUCAAAGCAAUUCCUGCUCAAGAAGUCGGCAAACCAGGCAGCUAUGAGGAGAACUCGAUCCCAGUGAAUCCCCCAGUUGACAAUUCGUUUGGAAGAGAUGGAGGUGAGCAACCAAAUGGAGAGAAUACGGGAGAUGGUGGAAAUGGAGAGUCACAAGAGGCUGGAGGCACAGCCGGGUCGGGAUCAGAUGAUAAGCAUGGACCUGGAUAUGGAAGUGAGGAAAACCCAGGAGCUGCGCCUUCUGGAAAUGGAGGAAAUGGAGGAAAUGAAGGACAGAGUGGAGGAAAUGGAGGAAAUGGAGGAAAUGGAGGAAAUGGAGGAAAUGGAGGAAACGGAGGACAGAGUGGAGGAAAUGAAGGAAAUGGAGGACAGGGUGGAGGAAAUGGAGGAAAUAAAGGACAGAGUGGAGGAAAUGGAGGAAAUGGAGGACAGAGUGGAGGAAAUGGAGGAAAUGUAGGACAGAGUGGAGGCAAGUCAACUGAUGCACCGCGUCUCACCUAUGCCGAAGAACCCUAUCCCACUUUGGCCACUGGAGCACCCACCGAGCAACAAACUGUCCCACUACCGGAGGAAGCUACUACGAGAGCUCAACAUCCAUCCACCGAUGACUCGUACGGAAAGGACGAGAUUGAAGCCACGACAACACAGGCACCAAGCACCACCCGACACACCGUCGGCCCACCAGCCACCCGACCCACAAAACCCAAGCCUUUGAGCACACAAGCAAUCCUCUCCGCCAAAAUCCCAAUCUCAAAAGCUUUGCCCGAGGCAUCAACCAACGUUACCCAAUCACCUGCACCAGUCACCGAAGAACCAUACGGAAGUUCGGCUCCAGAAGCAACCACUAGGAGAGCGCCACAAACACCCGUUGCACAAAGCACCCAAAGUACAGAAGUGUCGACUAGAAGAGCUACACAAUCACCAGCACCAAGUACCGCAAGUGCUUAUUCGCGAGUCGCUACUGAAUCCACAAGAGCCACCGAAGCACUCACACCAAGCACUAGACCGGCUGCUGUGGUGACCGCUACGAGAAGAGCCUCACCACCUGCUUCCUCACAAAGCACUCGUGGUCCUUAUUCAAGGCUUUCAACUCAAGUCCCGGUUGCACAAAUCACUGAGGCACCAGCACCGAUCACCGAACAGCCACAUAGUGUUGCUGUGACUGAAGCGACGACAAGAAAAGCUCCACCCUCUUUCGCACCACCACGCACCCCGCCCAGCACUCCACAGCCGGCUAGCCGAUCACCGGCCACUCAAGUUACGCAUGCUCCUCAUCCAGCGAUCACUACUGAAGACUCUUACGCGAAAGUGAUGACCGAGGCACCGACUCAAACCAGUCGUGUACCACCAGUCACUCAGAAACCAUCUACCAGAAUUGAGACUCAAAAGUCGAAAGCCACUGAGACACCAGCACCGAUCACCAAGAAAGAGCCUUUUAAGCCUGCUGCAACUGCUGCCCCAGCUAGCCAAGCACCACUUCCACCACCCGCACCAAUCACUCAAAAACCCUACCAACCACCAGCAACAGUUCCUCCAUCGGCUAGUCAAGCUCCAAUUCCACCUGCACCAAUCACCGAAAAGCCGGCAAAUCGAGUUGGACCAGUGGCUCCACCUAGUCGAGCGCCAUACCGUCCACCGCCUCCACCAGCACCUGUCACUGAGGAUCCCAAUGCUAAAGCAGUUACUAAGGCACCAGUCACAGCAGCACCAUAUGUUCCACCCACACAAAACACCGCAGACUCGUACGCAAAAGUGGUUACCGAAGCUUCGACCACACAAGCCCCUCAACCUCCAGCUCCGAUCACUGAGGAUUCGUACGCGAAAAUCGUUACUGAAGCUCCGACACAAGCUACAAAAGCACCAGCACAACCCUCACCGUCACCCGUUUCUGAGGAUUCUUAUGCAAAGAUUGUUACCGAGGCCUCAGCUAGUUUAGCACCCUAUGUAGCACCCGCCGACAAUACUGAUGACGCGUACGCUAAAGUCGUCACUGAGGCUUCAGUUCAAGCCACCAAAGCACCGGCACCCGUUAUCGAAGAUUCGUAUGCUAAAGUUGUUACCGAAACUCCGGCUAGCCUAGCACCUGACAACACUGACGAUCCGUACGCUAAAGUUGUCACCGAGGCACCGCAGCCAGCCACCCAGCCACCAGCUACUGAAGAUGUUUAUGCAAAGAUUGUGACAGCUGAAGCACCAGCACCAGCACCGGUCACAGAAGAUUCUUAUGCAAAAUCAGUCACGGAAGCACCUGCUACAAAAGCACCUGCACCAGAAAACCCGUACGCGAAAGUGGACGCCGCUGAAGAUCCAUACGCAAAAAUGGUCACUGAAGCACCAAGCACACAAGCCACCCCACCACCCCAACCAGUCACUGAAGACGCCUAUGCUAAAGUGGUUACCGAAGCUGCACCUAGCCAAACUAGCACUAAACCAACAGCACUAGUCACCGAUGAUUUCUAUGCUAAAACAGUCACCGAAGCUUCGAUCAAUCAAGCACCUCCAGCCACAGAAAGCACCGAAGAUUCAUAUGGAAAGAUUGUCACUGAAUCGCCAAUCACACAAGCCCCAACAACCGCCGCUGCAACUGCAGAAGACUCGUACGCCAAAGUCGUAACGGAAGCGCCGACCACCCAAGCUUCAGCCGCUGUAAAUGCAGUUGGUGCAGGAGAGAAUGCAGAGAAAUCGGCACCGACUCCAAUCGAUCACGUCGAUGACCCGUAUGCGGCAAUGGUUACUGAGAGUCCGACUACUACUCAAUCUUAUGUGGCUGAUCGACCAUCGGGAGCGCUCGCCAGUUCAGGAUACGAUCGAAACGAUAUGCAUCCUAUUGAGUAUCCCAAACCGCUUAAGGUCGAUCCCCAAUUGGCUCAUCAAGCUGCAAAACUCGGUUACAUGUUCCGAUUCCGAAGAUAUGCU